UUUUUCUGUCAAAAUGUGAAUUCUCCCUUAGGUCGGUAUCAGACUAUCGACUGAAACGCAUCCUUUACUACAUGAAAUUUCAUCUUAACCCAGGCUAUACAACGGAACGGAUAAGAUGGAAGAAAAUGGCAUGCCAAGUGUUGUUAAAUUUCAGUGAGAUGUUUAUUUGCUCCAGUUGCAUAGGAUGGGAAGCUGCAUAGGUAUAACCAGGGCAAGAAAUGCCUCAGUCAAUGACACAUCGGAAAACUCGUCAAGAACAAAUUCGGGUAAUUCGAGAAAAAAUCAUCUCUUGUGUCACGAGGUAAUUAGAUGGAGAUCGGAUGUUCCUUUAACUGAAGGUCAACUGAGAAGUAAACGAGAUGAAUUUUGGGAUACUGCACCAGCCUUUGACGGUCGUAAAGAAAUUUGGGAUGCAUUGAGGGCAGGUGCAACAGCAGCUGAAGCACAGGAUUAUCAGUUGGCACAGGCAAUAUUAGAUGGAGCUAAUAUCUCUGUACCAAGUGGUUUUUUAACUGAAUGUUACGAUGAGUUGGGGACUCGUUAUCAAGUACCUAUUUAUUGUUUAUCUUACCCAAUUAAUAUUGUAAAAGAAGACAGUGGAAGGGAUUCCCCUGCUGAUUGUUCAGAACCAGUUGAUGGAGGAACAGAACAAACUUUAAGACUUAGACUAUCAACUACUUUAGGGGAAGUUAAACUACCUGUUUAUAGCAAAGACACUAUUGGUAACGCUAAGAAAAAAUUACAGAGUCAAGAAGGUUUGGAACCCUCACGUCAGAGGUGGUUCUUUGGUGGUAAACUGCUGAGUGAUAAGAUGCAUAUAGAAGAAGCUAAAGUACAGCCAGGUUAUGUAAUACAAGUAAUUGUGAAUCCAGAAAGAACAGAUAACAGCCCUACCAAAAGUAGUUGAACUUUUGCGUAAGCACGACAAAAGUACAUCAUGCUCUGUAAGCAAUCAGCAAUAGGCAUAUUUUUAUGCUUGUUAACAAAACUUGUUAACCAUUUAUCAAAGUAAGAGUAUAUUUUUUAAUUUUGUAUCAUAUACACACACACACACACACACACACACACACACACACACAUGUAUAUCCAUAUUUAAUCAUGAGUAUUAUCAGAGGUGAUAAAUUAUUUUAGAAUAAAUUGGACAUAACAAAAUUUUGUAUUUAACAGAACUUUGCUAUUUAAUGAAAUCAUGGGUUAAGUGCAAUCAUAGUUUCUCUUUCUCGAUAUUGUAUAUUUACCUAUAACUCGGCACAUACACAUUAUCUCGUGCAAUAUUAUGUAAGAGAACCGUUUAGCUAAUGCUACUAAGUAUAGAAUGAAGAAAUUAUAUCUUCAGUUAUUUGGUUUCCUUUAAUAUGAUGUAUUUUUGAUAAAAAAAUUAACUGAAAUAUAUGACUCAUUUAUAUUUGAACAAAAAAUACAAACAUACUAUUUUCCAAUAAUUUCAUUGUAAUAUUUGAGUUUGUGCAGUUUUAUAGUACGUUGCACAUGAAAUUUUUAAAAAUUUGGUUCAACUGUUAAAGUGUGAACUACGUCUGUAGAUGUGUAUAACGAAAAUUUUCAUCGUGUACAAACAGCGCCUAAAGGCAUCCAACGUUCAGCGCUCACUGUGUGCGAAUAGCCGGUUUAGAUCUCACUUAGUAACAUUUAAAUGCACGCAAGUGCUGCAUCGUGACUAUUAGCUCUGCGCUGCACAUAGCGGUCAUUUUAUUUCCGAAUGACCCAUAAUCUAAGAGUCAAUGAUUAUGUGAAAGUUACUAUUAUAUAAAACAGUGCUCAGAAUUAGAUACACUUUUCGGACCGAUUUCGGAGGCAACGUCUAAUGCGUUUCCUCCGAAAUAGGAUCAAAAAAGGCAAUUUAAUUCCGAACAGUGAUGUAAAAAAUUCAUAUACAAUAUGGUUAUUUAUGAGAUAAUGUUUUAAGCAUAUGGUAUAUUGCUUUUGUAAAAGGUGAAAGAUUUCUGCAACUUUCGGUCUUGUUAAUGUCACAUUACAUUACAUACCAAGAAAAAACACUGAUAUUAAGUCAGCAGUAGUGAAAAAAAAAUAUAUAUAUAAUACUCAUAUUGUGCGAAACAAUAUAUAUAGCUGUUUUCAUAAUCUACGUUUUGCUUGCAAUUACCAACUUAUUCUCUCGUAAUUUUUGUUGCAAUCUAAGUAUUGUGAUAAGAAGAUAAUUUAAGGUUUCUGACUAUUCGCUGCAAUAGUCUUUGAUAAUGUAAAAAGCAAAAAAACAGCAAAAAUUCUUGCGUUAUAUAUUCAAAUAAAAAGAUACAAAAUUUUUUUAUAUUUGUAAUCGAUUCAGCAUACUUGUAAAAUUGGACAAACGCAUUUCUUUUAGUUGAACAAUUAAUAAAUAGUCACAAAAUUAACAUUGACAAAAUCAUGAGAAGAAAGGUUAGAAAAAAAAGUUUCCAUA